CAAACCAUAGUUCUUCAUUAGGUUGUUUCACUCUCAACCUUCCCACUUUCUCUAUCCCAUCUCUUUCCCUUCAAUGACCAAACCCAAACCCAACUCUCUCUUCUUCCUCCUCUCCUUCACCAUCAUCUUUUUGAGCUUCUUCCAUGGCAAAUCCAUGCAGUUUAACAUCAACAAUGCGUUGUCAUGGCUCAAUGAGGAAGGCGAUGAAGUUGACAUGGUUCAGAGUCAACGAUCGGCUCUAAAAUCUUGCGACUUUUCGUAUGGAAAAUGGGUUUAUGAUCAAUCUUACCCGCUAUACGACUCGAGUUGCCCUUAUCUUAGUACUGCAGUGACUUGUAAGAAGAAUGGAAGGCCAGAUUCUGAUUAUGAGAAAUGGAAGUGGAAGCCACACAAGUGCUCUAUCCCAAGGUUUGAUGCACUGGAAUUUCUGGGAAAGAUGAGAAGGAAAAGAAUAAUGCUAGUGGGCGACUCCAUAAUGAGGAAUCAAUGGGAGUCUCUUGUGUGCCUAGUGCAAUCAGUUGUUCCGACUGGUCGAAAGACGGUGACCUAUGAUGGCCCUCGCAUGGCCUUCCAUGCCUUGGAUUUUCAGACAUCAAUUGAGUUUUCUUGGGCUCCAUUGCUAGUUGAAUUGAAGAAAGAAAAGGGAAACAAGAGAGUAUUGCAUUUGGAUUUAAUUGAAGAGAAUGCCAAGUAUUGGAGAGGAGCUGAUGUUCUUGUGUUUGAUUCGGCUCAUUGGUGGACUCACUCAGACAAAAUGAGCUCGUGGGAUUACGUCAUGGAGGGAAACAAUGCUUACAAGAAUUUGAACCCCAUGGUUGCCUAUGAAAAAGGACUCGUUACAUGGGCCAAAUGGGUAGAUUUGAAUUUAGACCCUCGCAAUACUCGAGUCAUUUUUCGAAGCAUGUCACCAAGGCAUAACAGAGAAAAUGGUUGGAAAUGCUACAAUCAGAGGGAACCUCUAGGGUUUGCAAGCCACCCUCAUGUUCCUCAGCAAAUGAUAAUCCUAAAAGGGGUGUUGAAAAAGAUGAGAUUUCCAGUAUACUUGCAAGACAUUACGACGAUGUCGGCGCUUCGGAGAGAUGGGCAUCCCUCUGUCUAUGCCAAAGCUGUGGGAGAAAAACAGAAGCAACACUUAAAAGACAUCAACUCCGACUGUAGCCAUUGGUGCCUUCCUGGAGUGCCUGAUACUUGGAACGAAAUGCUAAAUGCUUUGCUUUAAACUAUGUUAUGUAUAGAAAUGAGUGGUUAGAAUAAUUGUUCUACCAAAUUAGGUUUGGCUUUGUUUUGUCUUCUUAGAGUCUAUGGCACUUUGUGUUCUUGGUUUUUUAAGAUAAUAUGUUGUGAGACUAUUUGUCAGGUGUGUGACUUUCUGGUACCAAAUGAAAUUGACCAGGUUUUCUUUGUUA